AUGACUGAUGUAUGUAGUGCAGUAGCUGGCUCAACGCCAAUUCUAAACUGGAACGCGGGAGACCUGCCGAAAGCAUGGCAGACAUUCAAAACACAUGUUGAAUUCAUGUUUAAUGGUCCGCUCAAGAAAAAGACUGAAGAAGAAAAAUGCAGUUUUUUGAUGAUAUGGGUCGGAGAUAAGGGCAGAGAAAUAUAUGGAACUUGGAAUCUAAACAAUGAUGAGAAAAAAUCACUUGAAACUUUAUACGGGAAAUUUAAGGCAUAUGUAGAACCGAAGUCCAACCACGUAUUCGCUAGGUAUAAUUUUCAAUGCAUUGCACAAAGUGAAAGUGACUCAUGUGAACAAUUUAUCACAGCUUUAAAAGUUGGUGUUAAGGACUGCGGAUACCAAAAUGCAGACGAGAUGGUGAGAGAUAGGCUAGUAUUCGGAGUAAGGUCGGACAAAAUCCGUGAAAAACUGAUAAAUGAGGGCUCAAACCUCACGUUAGAGAAGGCAAUAGACAUUGCGCGUACUUACGAGUUAUCACAGGCCCAGCUAAAAACAAUGCAUGAACAGGAUCCAAAGAUUGACAUAAUAAACAGACAGAAAAUAAAUCACUAUACCAGUCAAGCCAAAACAAAACCCACACAAGGACCACGAAAACACUUCAAGAAUCAGAAGUCGUUCACAAGUUGCACAAGAUGUGGUAAAUCUGAGCACGAAAGAGGAGAAACCUGUCCAGCUAUUGGUAGACUCUGCAGAAAAUGUAACAAGCAGGACCACUACGAGUGUGUGUGUAGAUCGAAAGUGUCGUAUACAUCAAAGCACAAAUUCAAGAAUAAAAGCAACAAAUCCGUACAUACUCUGCAGGAGGAGUUAGAUGAUUCAGAUGACACUUUAUUUCUGGGAAUGCUUACCAAAGAUAUUAACAGUGCGAACGCAGACUGGUCAACAAAACUACAACUUUGUGGGACAAUGGUUGAAUUUCAAUUGGACACAGGAGCAAAAUGUAAUGUGUUGAACAGAAAAACUUUCGAACAGUUGAAAUUUAGUGAAGAACUCAAGAAACCAGCAUUUCGUUUGAAGUCGUACUCAGGACAUGUGAUAGAACCUAGUGGAUUUGCGCAACUUGAGGUGACUCACAAAGGAUGCAAAUACACGACUGAUUUCUACAUCAUUGACUUGGACGCACCCAACGUCAUUGGAGCCCAAACAUGUAAAUCAUUGAAUCUCGUCCAUCGUGUGAAUGUCAUAAAUGAGGACACCCCAGUUUUAAAGACUUUAUCUGAUAUUUUCCCAGGAAGUGAUUAUGCAGAUUUAUUUCGAGGACUGGGUUGCCUACCAGAAACUCAUUCAAUCAAAAUUGAUGCAAGUGUACAACCUGUUGUUCACCCGCCAAGAAAAAUUCCCAUUUCGUUAUUGGAUAAAGUGCGCGCUGAGCUUAAGUCUAUGGAGGACUCUGGUGUGAUUAUUAAGCAAACAGAACCGACCCCAUGGGUCAACAGCAUGGUAGUAGUAAACAAAGGACAGAAGAUUCGCAUUUGUAUAGACCCGAAGGAUCUAAAUAGAGCCAUAUUACGCGAACACUUUCCAUUAAAAACAAUAGAUGAAGUCAUAGCCAACAUGCCAAAUGCCAAAGUUUUUAGUAAGCUUGAUGCUGUGUCUGGCUUUUUGCAGAUCAGGCUGGAUGAAGAGAGCUCGAAACUAACUACUUUCAACUCUCCAUUUGGGCGUUUUCGUUUUACGAGAUUACCAUUUGGUAUAAAAUCAGCAUCUGAAGUGUUUCAGAAAAUAACCUCACAGAUGGUAGAAGACAUACCAGGAGCAGAGGCUAUAAUAGACGAUAUUUUGAUAUGGGGUUCAACAGAACAGGAACAUGAUGAACGUCUCAAGAAGGUAUUGGAAAAGGCCAGAGAGUUCAAUCUCAAGCUAAGCAUGGACAAGUGCAAGAUACGUUGCAAAAGUAUGAAAUAUGUUGGACAUAUGUUGACAGAUGAAGGCGUGAAACCGGAUCCAGAGAAAAUCCGUGCUGUCAUAGCGAUGGAAAAGCCAACCAACAAAAGUGAAUUACUUACUUUCCUUGGAUUUGUACAGUACCUAGGAAAAUUUAUGCCUCGGAUGUCUGAAGUCAGCACACCAUUGCGGAAACUCACUGAAAACCAUGCAGAUUGGAACUGGACAGCUCAGCAUGACGAGAGCUUUGAAACAUUAAAAACAAUGGCAACGAACGCACCUGUUUUGAGGUAUUAUGACCCUAAGUUACCACUGACGUUAUCUGUAGAUGCGAGCUCUAAGGGAAUUGGAGCAGUUUUGAUUCAAGAAGGAAGACCUAUCGCAUAUGGUUCCCGUGCUCUUACAUCAUCACAACAAAACUAUGCACAAAUUGAAAAGGAAACAUUGGCUGUUGUUUAUGGAUGCCAAAAAUUCCACCAGUAUGUCUACGGCAGAAUAGUACAUGUGGAAACAGAUCACAAACCACUACAGUCGAUAUUCAGCAAACCUCUAUGUAAAGCACCUAUGCGAUUACAGCGACUCCUACUAACUCUACAGAAGUAUGACUUGAAUGUUCAAUACAAGCCAGGAAAGUUACUCUACAUAGCAGACACACUCAGUCGUGCAUACUUACAUGAAACAGAGGAAGAACUUGUUCCUGAUCUGGAAGUAAACUUAGUCUCACCUGCCACAUACUUACCAGUGUCACAGAAACGCUAUGUUGAACUACAGGAGAAGACGGCAGAUGAUGAUGUCUUACAGUCGUUAAGAGACACAGUCCAGAAUGGCUGGCCAUCAGACAAAGAUCACGUACCAAAUUGUCUACAUCCAUAUUGGUCAUUCAGAGAUGAAAUCGCUUGCUUAGAUGGUCUUUUAUACAAAGGAGACAAGCUUAUAAUUCCGAAGUCAAUGCAAGCAGAAAUGCUCAACAUUAUUCACCAGGCGCACAUGGGAAUAGUGAAAUGUAAAAAUCGAGCACGUGAAGUCAUAUAUUGGCCAGGAAUGUCAUCUCAGAUAGAAGACAUGGUCUCCAAAUGUCCUAUAUGUGCUGGAACUCAGAACAGCAACCCAAAAGAGCCACUUGUCUUAGUUGACUUACCUGACCGCCCAUGGGCUAUGCUGAACUCCAAACAUUAUAUAUUGACCGUCGACUACUAUUCCAAAUGGCCAGAAGUCAUGAAAUUAACUGAACCUUCAGCAACCUAUGUGAUUGCAGCUUUGAAAAGCCAGUUCGCAAAAUAUGGGAUUCCUGAUGAAGUGAUUUCAGAUAAUGGUCCGCAGUACUCAUGUAAUGAAUUCAAACAAUUUGCUCAGGACUAUGGAUUUACUCAUAUUACGUCUAGUCCUUAUUUUGCUCAGUCUAACGGUCAAGUAGAAAGAAUGGUCCAGACAGUGAAACGCUUACUAAAGAAGUCAUCAGAUCCAUACAAGUCUUUGAUGGACUACCGCAAUACGCCAUUAGAUAUAGGUCAGUCACCAGCUCAGCUAUUCUUGAACAGACGUUUGAAAACUUUACUUCCUACUACAAGUAAAUUAUUACGUCCAUCAAACUCAAAACAAAUACAGGAGAAACUACAAAAGCGACAAGUGAAAUCUAAGAUUUACUAUGACAGAAAAGCGGGCAAUGUGCUACCAGAACUCAAGGAUGGAGAUCCAGUUAUGAUUCAGCAUGGUAACAUCUGGAAACAUGCUACAGUUAAGUCAAAACAUCACGCACCGAGGUCAUACAUUGUGCAGACCCCUGACAGCAAACUUUACAGAAGGAAUCGGAAAAUGCUCAGACCAACGCAGUCGACUCCGUUAAUGAGGAACAUUCCGAAGGAAAACUUGCAGCCAUUUGUAAAUGCUGAUGCAAUUCCAACUCGAUCAAGACCACCGAAUGAAGUUCCAAAUCCUACCACUUCACCAGUCGCAAAUCCUUCCAAACCUGUCGAGUCGAAUUCGUAUGCGUGUCCAUCCAUCCCUCAGCAAACAAGAUCUGGGCGCAUCGUCAAAGUACCUGCCAAGUAUUCUGAUUGUGAAAUGUGA